GCCAGUGACAUGUCAGAAAUAACUUAAAACGUCAAAUCAACAAUUAAACAUGAAAUUUUAAUAAAAAAAAUCUAUAAAUUUAGUUGCUCGUUAAACUGCUGUCUAAUUUAAUUAACAAAUUAGAAUUUUGAAUAAAUAUAGGCUUCUCUUUAUUAAGGGAAAUGGUUUAUUCCUGUAGUCAUGUGGCUGUAGCGGAGAACAUUCCAAUUUCUACUUUGUUAAAUUCUAGAGAGAUAAUAUGUGCCGAUUGUGACUGCCGUGGUCCUCAUUUGUGGAUAUGUCUGCACAAGAAUUGCUUGAGGAUAGGUUGUGCAGAAAAAUCAAAUGAUCAUAGUACCAUACAUAAUGCAAACAAUCCCACUCACUGUGUUCAUAUGAACCUCUCCACUCGGAGAAUAUGGUGUUACGAUUGUAAAAGAGAAGUGUUCAUGGAUUCCCAAAACUAUGACAGCGACCAAGAGGUCGAUACUUUCACCGCAAGAUCCAGAGACUCAGGCCAUGGAAGUUAUAGUACACUUAGAACAAAUACCCCGGAAAGAGGACCCAUGUUGGAUAGGGCAGCAGGCCAGACGGUGGGAAUGGGCGGUGACGUAUCAGAUUCCAGUGACGGCGAAGAGGAAUAUCGUGACUACGCUUCGGAGCGUCCUUGUGGACUCGUUGGUUUGCAAAAUAUAGGAAAUACGUGUUAUAUGAACGCCGCUCUGCAAGCACUGAGCAACACGGCGCCUUUGACGAAGUUUUUUCUGGACUGCACGGAAAUGGUACAUCUGUUGAGUGACGGCAAGAAACCGGGACUGAGUAGGACUUAUCAGGCACUAAUGCGUGAUAUUUGGGUUAAGAAGGUUAACCAUGGUUAUGUUUCACCCUCAGGUAUUCUGUACGGCAUCCGCAACGUUCACGCAAUGUUUCGGGGCUACCAGCAACACGACACCCAAGAAUUCCUUCGAAACUUUAUGGACCAACUUCACGAAGAACUCAAACAGCUCGCUCCGCCGGAAUUACCCUCUCCAACAAAUCUAAACAGUACGAACUGGAAUUCGACCUCAUCGAGCGGCUCUGCUCCCGAUGCCGACACUUUCAGUUUGGCGAUGGAGGAGCCCACUUCCGUUCCGUUCGUAUCAUCUCCCGCUAGUUAUGAUUCUAGCGAAGGGGAAUACGAAACGUGCGAUUCUGGGGUUAGCGAGAGGUCGAGUUUAAGUGAUGACACGGAGAGGCAACCUAGUCAGCCAAAGAGGAGGUUGAGUCGAUGUGGUAGUCCUAAUAGGCGGCAGAGGCAAAGGAUGCAGAGUACUACUGUGAUAGAUUCUCAACCAACAACAUCGAAUUCCAAUUCAAAUCUCCCGAAUAAGAAACAACCAAAGUACCGUUCGAUUAUUUCUGAUAUAUUUGACGGAAAGUUAUUAUCCUCCGUUCAAUGUUUAACAUGUGAUAGGGUAUCUAGCAAGGUAGAAACAUUCCAGGACCUCUCACUUCCCAUUCCAUCGAGAGAUCAUUUGGUGGUGUUACAUGGAAGGACAUCUUCACAACCAAUUAGUACAGGCGCAACUUGUUCAGAGGCUCUAAUGCCGGUACAAGACGGGUGGAUGACGUGGAUACUGGCGUGGUUGAGGAGUUGGUUUUAUGGUCCGACUGUAACACUACAUGACUGUUUAGCUGCAUUUUUUAGUACUGACGAGCUGAAAGGGGAUAAUAUGUACAGUUGCGAAAAGUGUAAUAAAUUAAGGAAUGGUAUUAAGUUCAGUAAAGUUUUACAAUUACCUGAAGUUCUAUGUAUACAUCUAAAACGAUUUAGACAUGAACUGAUGUUUAGUAGCAAAAUUUCCUCUGUAGUUAGUUUCCCAUUAAAAGGUUUGGAAAUGCGACCGUAUCUUCACACGGACUGUGUUUCUAAGGUAUCUUCGUACGAAUUAUUUUCCGUAAUAUGCCACCACGGCACCGCCGGCGGUGGGCAUUACACCUGUUUCGCCUUAAACUGUGGCCAGUGGUACGAAUUCGACGACCAGUAUGUUACCAAAGUGUCUGCGGACAAAGUACAAGGGUGCGAAGCCUACGUUCUAUUUUACCAAAAAGUCAAUACUAGUGCCGAAGUUAUUAGAGAAAGUGCCGAAAAGAUUUUAGAAAAUACUGCCGAGAAGAAUGUCAAUGAAGUUAUGAAGAGGACGUAUAUUUCUAAACAAUGGAUUAAUAGAUUUUAUUUCUGUGCCGAACCAGGUCCAAUAGACAAUUCGGACUUCCUGUGCCAACACGGAGCCGUCAGUCCCGAGAGGGAUAUCGACAUCCACAAGAUAGCCAUGCUUAUUCCUCUAGAUGUUUACCAGUUCUUACACAGUAAAUUCGGCGGAUGUCCUCCUUUUACUGAUCUAACCGUGUGUCCGGCGUGUGCGGCAAUGCAGAAGAGAUUAUUGUAUGAAAUGGAAACAUUCUUACAGGUAAGUCGAGAAGCUCAAGCCGAAGAUGCUCCCAACACUCACUUCCUUUCGACGUCGUGGUAUACCCAGUGGCACAAUUUUGUCCAUAAACGAACCCAAGAUCCGCCUGGGCCUAUAGACAACACAAAAAUUAAUCUAGACCAGCUGGACCUGAAAGAAGCCGCAGAUGUACCAGAAAGUCUGUGGAGCUUCUUUUACAACAUCUACGGUGGAGGUCCAGAGAUCAGGAUAAGGCAGCCAGAGCGAUCUGAGAGUCCAGACUUACGAAUAAAAUACUCGGAACACGUGGAAAGUGAAGAAAGCAUACCGGAAAUAGCGGAUCCAUCUUCUAAGUUGCGUAACGAUAACGCCAGACACAUAGAUGUAACGAUUUAUGGACAAGGAGAACCAAUGGAAAUGCUAGAGAACGUUAAAUGUGAAGAUAAUCCAAGUGGGAGUAUAAAGGAAAUAGUGGUAAAUAACGAAAUGAAAGUAGAUGAAAGUGUAGAGGACAAAGCAGAAGCCCCAAAAGAAUUUAGAAUGCCAAAUUGUAACGCAGAUAUCCCAUCAGAAGAUACGGAGAAAGAAACGGAAAAGGAUAAAUCUGAAGUGAAAAGCCACAAACGACAUCGAAGACGGAGAAAAAAUUAACAAUAAAACUGUACAGAAAAAGCUUAGCAAUAAAUUAAAAUUUUUGACGUUUGUUGAAAAAAAAUUUCAUUGUUUUUUUUUGUGUUAUAUUGAGGAGGAUGUGUGGGAAAUGUAAGAUAUUAAAAGUUUAUCAUAUUGUGUCAUUGUUGAAUAUUUAUUUAAAAUAAAUGGCAAUAGGA